UGUCCAGUUGCACCGCACCGCACCGCAACGCGGCCGCGCUCCUCGUCUUUAUUAUCUGGCUCGGGGGUUGGGGACCCCUUUCUAUUUCACUAGCCCCACCCCCGCCGCUUCCCAACCUCACUUUAUCUCGCCCGCCCUCUCCUCUCCGCUCGUCACACCAGGCCAGCUAAGGAUUCGCUGUGCGCUCCCCUCCCCCACGCGCAUUCAUUCCCUCGCCGCCGCCGACUCCGCGCCGCGCCAUGGCCGGCGUUAGGAGCCUCGUGCUGCUCCUCCUAGUGCUCGCCGUCGCGGCGCUGUCCGCCUCCGCCACCUCCAUCGCCGGCGGGGACCACCUGCAGCUCGGCCUCUUCGCCGGCCCCGGCCGCGGGGAGUGCAGGGGCACCGUGGCCGAGUGCGGCGGGGAGGACGCGGAGGGGGAGCUCGGGUCGGCGUCGGCCGAGGCGCACCGCCGCGUGCUGCAGGGCCGCGGCUACAUCAGCUACGGCGCGCUGCGCAGGGGCACCGUCCCAUGCAACCGCCGCGGUGCCAGCUACUACAACUGCCGCCCCGGCGCCCAGGCCAACCCCUACCACCGCGGCUGCUCCCGCAUCACACGCUGCCGCGGCUAAGCCAAGGAGAUCACGUCCUCUCUUCUCAGUUCCAAAUAAGCUGCUGCUUCUCGCGCUCUUCUUCGAGCGGUACCUCUAGUAUACUACUGCUGCUACUAUUUACGUACUGUAUUAGUUAAUUGCUUUGGUUGCCGCCUCCGCCGCCGUAUUGGCCUACUGGGACAUUUGUUGCCGUCGUUGUUGUAAAGUAAAAGAGAGAUUUGUGCCUUAAUAUCAAGAGAUAUUUGUUAUUCUUUCAA